ACAUGCACCUCAAGUUGAUGCUCAGCUUCCCUCCCACAGAAUUCCAAGCUGUAUAUAAACCCUGUGCACUUCUAUACUAAUUGGCAGUCCUCCCUUUUCAUAAGCAAGGAGCAGUCUGGAGCAGGAUGAUGAAGGGCUUAUUUUUAUGCGUGUUUGCUACUUUUUUGCUGUCUGCUAUUGAGCAGGCAGAGAGUAAUGCUUACUAUGACAAGAUCUUGACCCACAGUCGCAUAAGGGCAAGGCAGCAAGGCCCAAAUGUCUGUGCUUUGCAACAAGUUCUGGGAACCAAGAAAAAAUAUUUCAGCACCUGCAAAAAUUGGUACCAAGGGGCAAUCUGUGGCAAGAAAGCAACCAUUUUAUAUGAAUGUUGCCCAGGCUACAUGAAAAUAAACGGUGAAGCUGGAUGUCCUGCAGUUGCUCCCAUUGACAAUGUGUAUGGCACCCUUGGAAUUGUGGGAGCCACAGCAACGCAGGAUUAUUCUGAUAGAUCUGAACUGAGAAAGGAAAUAGAAGGAGUUGGCUCCUUUACUUUCUUUGCACCCAGCAAUGAUGCUUGGCAGCUGUUGGAUUCUGAAGUGCGUGAUUCAUUGCUAAGCAAUGUGAAUAUUGAACUGCUCAAUGCUCUUCAUUAUCAUAUGAUUAACAAAAGGAUGUUGACAAAAGAUCUGAAAAAUGGAUUAUCUGUGACAUCUAUGUUCAAUAAUCAAGAACUAGUAAUAAACCACUACCCAAAUGGGGUUGUCACAGUUAACUGUGCAAGAAUUAUCCAUGGAAACCAAAUCGCAACAAAUGGUGUUGUUCAUGUCAUUGACCGUGUUGUGACAGCAGUUGGAAAUACCAUCGAAGAUUUCAUUGAUUCUGAAGAUGAAUUAUCAUCCUUCAGAGAGGCUGGAGUUGCUGCAGAGGUAUUGGAACAGCUUGGCAAGUCAGGUCACUAUACCCUUUUUGCCCCAACUAAUGAUGCUUUUGAAAAACUUCCAAAAGGUGUUCUUGACAGAAUUAUGGGAGACAAACAGGCAGUUAAAGCUCUUGUGAAUUACCACAUCCUCAAUACUGUCCAGUGUUCAGAAGCCAUAAUGGGUGGGGCAGCAUUAGAAACUCUGGAGGGAAGUUCACUGCAAAUAGGAUGUGAUGGUGACAGUUUGACAGUGAAUGGCAUUAAGAUGGUAAAUCGUAAAGAUAUUGUUACAACUAAUGGAGUCAUUCACUUGAUUGACCAGGUCCUGAUUCCUGACUCUGCAAAACAAGUCUUGGAGCUUGCAGGAAGUCAACAAACUACUUUUACUGAUCUUAUGGCACAGAUGGGUCUUGCAGCAUCUUUUAGACAAGAUGCAGAAUACACACUCCUUGCACCUGUAAAUAAUGCUUUCUCUGAUCAAACCUUAAAAAUGGAUCAGCGUCUUCUUAAAUUGAUCCUACAAAACCAUAUUCUCAAGACAAAGUUUGUUCUUAAUGAACUGUACAAUGGACAGACAUUGGAGACAUGGGGUGGAAAGAUCCUUAGAGUGUUUGUCUAUCGUACUGCUGUCUGCAUUGAAAAUUCCUGCAUGCUUCGUGGAAGCAAAGAAGGAAGGAAUGGUGCAAUCCAUAUGUUUAGUGAACUUAUCAAGCCAGCAGAAAAGUCAUUAUAUGACCUCUUAAGCCUUGACAAACGGUUCAGCAUUUUCCUGAACCUGAUUGAAUAUGCCGGCUUGAAAGAACUUCUCUUGCAACCAGGAGCUUGGACUUGGUUUAUUCCAACUAAUGAUGCCUUUAAAGGACUUAGCGAGGAAGAAUUGGAAAUCUUAAAACGAGACAAAGUUGCUCUUCAGAACAUCCUUCUGUAUCACUUGGCACCAGAAGUGUUCAUUGGUGGGGGAUUUGAGCAGGGUGUGACAAAUAUUCUUAAAUCUCUUCAAGGAAGUAAAAUCAUGGUUAAAGCAAUAAAUAAUACUCUUUCUGUGAACGGCGUGGUCUCAAAGGAACCAGAUGUUAUGACAACCAAUGGAGUAUUUCAUGUUAUAGAUAAACUACUUUUCCCUGCAGAUGUUUCCCUUGGUAAUGAACAACUUAUGACCAUUCUUAAUAAAAUAAUCAAGUAUUUUACAAUUAAGUUUUCUAGGGGAAGCAAAUUCAGUGAAAUUCCUCUCACUAAAUACAUUAAAAGAAUCAUCAUUGGAGAGCCAAUUGUUACAACAGUCACAAGGAUAAUCGAAAUAAAGCCAGAAAUUAGAGUAGUUGGAGGUGAAACCAUUACUAAAGUUAUACGUGGAGAUCCCUCGAUUACUAAGAUCACUAAAGUGAUCGAAGGUGAGCCUGAAUUUAAACUGAUAAAGGAAGGAGAAACACGUGUAACAAAAGUGAUCCAAGGAGAACCCACAAUAACUAAGAUUACUAGAGUGAUUGAAGGGGAACCAGAUUUUAAAUUGAUAAAGGAAGGCGAAACUCGAGUUACUAAAGUAAUACAAGGAGAACCAAUAACUAGGAUCACCAAAAUGAUUGAAGGAGAACCAGAUUUUCGCCUGGUAAAGGAAGGCGAAACUCGAGUCACUAAAGUAAUACAAGGAGAACCCACAAUAACUAAGAUUACCAGAGUGAUUGAAGGAGAACCAGAUUUUAAAUUGAUAAAGGAAGGUGAAACUCGAGUUACUAAAGUAAUACAAGGAGAACCUACAUUAACUAGGAUCACAAAAGUGAUUGAAGGGGAACCAGAUUUUCGCCUGGUAAAGGAAGGCGAAACUCGAGUCACUAAAGUAAUACAAGGAGAACCCACAAUAACUAAGAUUACUAGAGUGAUUGAAGGGGAACCAGAUUUUAAACUGAUAAAGGAAGGCGAAACUCGAGUCACUAAAGUAAUACAAGGAGAACCCAUAAUAACUAAGCUCACUAGAGUGGUUGAAGGGGAACCAGAUUUUAGACUGAUUAAGGAAGGAGAAACUCGUGUGACUAAAGUAAUACAAGGAGGUCCCGAAAUAACAUAUACUCGUGUAUCUGGUGGUUCAGAAACAGAUGAAGAAAUGCUCAAAAAGUUGCUUGAGGGAGAGGUCACCAGGGUAACCAAGUUCAUUGAAGGAGAUUCACAGAUUCUCGAGGAUGAUGAACUGAAAAUGCUUCUCCAGGGAGGUACCCAAAUCUCCAAAGUUACCACAGUACAUGAAAGCGAAAUGCCAGAAAAUGUGCAAAUAUCAAAGAUUAUCAAAGAACCCCAGGUUAAAAAAGUACAGACUGGCCGAAGAACACAAGUGAGAAGAAAAAUGAGACGAAGCCAUCAACAAUCUUAAAGGCCGGAUUCCUGAAAAUGUUAAAUGAUUUGGGAAUAGGUGCUAUGUGAAAAACAGCAACUGGCAUCUUUUAUAAAUCGUUUUAUAUGUGAAAAAAACAGUUUUUCUGCUGUUCAGAAAUGAUGUAAAAAAAAAACAUGUUCUGUAUAGAGUGCUUGAUACAAAGUUUAAGGGCAAAACAUAUGCACAACCAUUAGAUAAUUUUCCUUAAUAUAUUACAUUCAAUAGCAAAAGUUGUUCUAAUAAGCCAUAGUGUAGGGGCAAGCAACCUUUGGUUCUUCAGCUCAUAUAGAUUUACAUCUUCUGUUAUCUUCUAGCAGUGAUUUUGGAAGUUGUAGCUCAAGAACAGUUGGAGGGCGCAGGACACCCACCAGUGCAGUAGCAUUUAUUAAUAUAAAGACAAAAAAAAAGGUUAUUGUUAUUGGUUCUGGGGAGGAGCAGUGGUUAAAAAAGUCAAAAACAAUCUUUUAGUGCUUGAGCCACAAAGACCCAUUAAACAGAACAAUAAAAAUGUUCAACUACAUUAAACUCAUUGGUGCUUGAUAUAGAAGCUUUAACAAAAUUUUUUUUAGAAAAUGUCCUGAUUCAGUUUAUGAGGGCCUGUUUGUAAAUUAAGUAAUUUUUUAUCUCUGAUUUUGUAUGCAUAAUGUGACAUUUGCUUUUUAAAAUUGUGUUCAGAAAUGUUGCAAUGCAACUAUGUGUGUUAGGGAGGAAAUGUUUACUAAAAGUUCCUGUGCCUUUUUCAUUUAAGGUACCUGGCUUAAAAGUCUAUUGGGUGUGCUUGUAUACCUCUGUUUCUAAAAUAAAUACUCAAUAAAAAUUUGGUUGAAUGAUA